AUGCGCACUUGUGAUAAGAUGACAUCCUGUACAAGAUAUGUGUUCCGCUCAUUAAACAAAAAAUUCUUAUGCAAUAGUACAUUCGUCCGUCAAAUCAAGACACCUGCAAAUUUUCAAUCUUUACCUGCAAAUGAUGCAGACGAAAUUCUAGAAACCCAUUACAUCCCAGGUAGAUACCUUCAUUUUAUUAAAAAGAAUAGAAGACAACUUAAAAAGGAGGCUCGCGAAGCUUCACAUGUGGGGAGUAAGCCAGUUUUGAGAAUUUCCGCUCGCAGUUCAGAAUAUCUCAAAAAUGAGGAAGAAGGAAACUAUAGUGGUAGCGAUUUUUCAACAAUUUCAAAUCACACCCAACGUAAUCUCGCUCAACGGUUAAACCGCGCAAUUAUCAAAUGUAAUGAUCAAGUCCCACACGUGUAUUUAACUUCUACAUUCAUGAAAGUUACCAACAUAACUAUAUCUUCAGAUUCAAGAAUUGCGCGAAUUUGGUGGAAGCCUGAAGGACAAAAAGGCAUUAGUAAGGCAGCCAUAGAACAACACCUUCGUAUUCAUCUUGCUCAAUAUCGUACUAUGCUUCAACGCUCUAUGCGUGUUCGUAAACCGCCAAAAAUACUAUUUUGCCGCGAAGACUUACAAUUAGGUGAUAUCAACAAAAUUUUGGAUAAGAUUGAAGCAGAGACCAAAAUGGAUGUGGGUUUUUCAACUAAUCAAGAAAAAGCUUUAGAUAAAAACUAA